UGAGCUCUGGAAGGUUUUCUGCUUUCACUUUUGUCCGCAAUACUUCAGCCAGCUUUAUCCAGUAAUCCCGCUAUUUCUCAGGAAGCUUUUUAUUUCUCCAUGGCGUUUAACCCGUUUCCAUAUCGGAUCGCUCGUUAAUAAGUUCCUGUUAUUUAUGGAUUCGGGCUAUUGUUCUACGCUUCUCGUGGUAAAGGGGAGGAGUGAGUCGUCGUUACGCGUUUUUCCACAGAACUGCUGUAGCUGUUCCAGUAAAGCCAAAAACACGCACACACGUACACACGCACACACGCCCAUUCUACCCAGUUCCUCAACCGGGAAGUGAGAUAAAGAGGUGGUUCUGUGGCACUGCUGGAGCCGAUGGUCCCGUUUCCCGCUCCUCACGCGUCUUUAGCGCCCGGACCGCGCGCGCUCGGAUGUAAAGAAAGCUUUUUACCUUCGCUUGACAUUUUAAUCUUACAAUCCAAGGAUAACUCCAGCUCCCUCUUUUUUUAUUUAUAUAUUUUUUUAUUUUUCAUUUGACUUCUGGCUAAAAAACACAAAGGAUGGGCGGAAUAUUCCUCAUCGUACAACUGGGCCUUUUAAUCACGUUUGUCUUCACUGAAUCUUCUGAAGAACAUACAAGACCAGGCAAGCAGCUUAACCUGGAUCUGGGUUGUAUAAUCGAUUACCUAACCGAGAUGAAAUGCCUUCUGACCUUUGGCCAACCUGAAAAUUGCUCUGAGUACAGUCUCAAUGUGUCUCGAAGAAAUAAAAUGUUUAAAUGUGAUUUCGAUCAACAUCAUGCCAGUGAAUGCGAAUGCUCAUUCGAAGAGGAUGGUGGUUUUGUUUCGGAAGAGAACUACACAGUUAACGUGUUAAGAUGGAAUAAAAUGUUAUUCACUAAAAUUAUCAAUACUUUAGAGAACAUUAAACCUGUAAAACCCUUCAAUAUAUCAGUCACUGAGACUCAGAAUGGAAACUUUCUCAUUUUCUGGGACACCAACUAUACCACUGAAGCGCCCGUGUUUAAUAGUGAACUGAUUCCACAGCUCACUUACUAUGUCGAAGGAAACAAUGACAGCGCAAAAUCUGUGACUUUGACAGAAGGCCAAAUGAAAUAUGAGCUUAUAGGCAAAAACCUUAAGUCAAAUUCCUACUAUAUUGUGAAAGUAAGAGUGAAACACCACGAGACAAUGUUCGGUGAUUACAGUGAUCCGUACAGGUUUACCACACCCAUGUCUUUAAGAGACAAACUCAGGAUAAUAAUUCCCAUACUUUGUGUAAUUUUGAUCAUCUGCAUAUUCAUCAGCAACUACUUUUACAACAAGAUCAUGACCGAGUGGUGGGACAAGAUUCCUACUCCGAACAUAGCUACUAAUUUUGUAAAACAGGUCCCGAACUUGCUGUCAUUUCAAAACGAGUACUCACCUAUCCAUCUUGACCCUUCGAAACAGGUCCACGCUGGAGAAAAGACAUGGCCAGUGUCCUCUGUGGUAGACAUCAGGGGUGAAAAUAGCCUCAACAGCCUUGGGAAAGAUGGCAAUUCAGCUGAUGUGAUUUAUGGCCAAACAGGCAACGAGAGUUUAGAAGAAAGCAGCACUCAUUCUGAACUCGUCAAAGAAUCUCUGUCAACGACCCUUCAUCAGAUACCAAUGUCCAACUCAUAUUAUAAAAACCUGAAACCGAACGAUGAUGAUUGUAACGUUGGAAGCGAGAGCGGAAACAGUUCUGGCUUCAGUAACAAGUUCUAUAUGUUUUCACUCUCUGAAAAUGGUCAGAACCCAGCUGUCAAGCAGCUUAUCAACGACUUUCCUGAGAGUCACACUGCAAUUCCUCCUCUGAACGGAAACCUGGAGCCGAUCAUCCUAACAGACUUCGAGUACGGCCCGUGUACCGGUCUCUCAGGAUCCGAAAACACCACCCAGACUCAGUUCUUAUGCUCCAGCAAUGACAUCGUUGUGGUUCCUGGAUAUCAGAGCGUCAGUGAUCUCGCCGAUUGUCCAUCUACCGACCAAGAGUUCAUCAGCUCUCAAAAUGACGUCAAUCUUAUCAUGGAAAAGCUUAACUGCAGCAAGAACCCGCAAAACAUUUUCGGCAAAAAUGACAUCAUCCAAGUGGAAAAUGGAUAUAAAGAUGUUCAAAGCUUGCUCCAGAAUGCAGAAGAAGGAAAGAACCUUAUCACAGAAGCUGAAAUGAAAUAUCCCAAUGGCUCGGCUUUCCAUAAUUCUCCAGGUAUUCAAAUUGACUGCUCUUAUCACAGGGUUUGAAUUCGCAGCUCAGAAUAGAGUUCAUGCAAAUGUAUUAACUGAAAAGACAUGGAAUGUAUAUGUACAUAUAUUUUUGUUAUCUAAUAACAAUUAAGCAGUGAAGUCAGGCUUCACCGGAAAAUUGCGUGUUUUUAAACAUGGCGGCAUUAUUAUCCGGUUGUCGAGAGCUGACGUUAAAUCACAUCAAUAAGCAUGAGCAUUCGUGAGGUGGCUUUAUGGGAGCGUGCCAGGUAUGGAUAUGUUUGCAAACUAUGGCGAUAUAAAUGUAAUGUGAAGUGUUGCAUUACAUGGCUCUUGAAGCUUUUUACUUUAAACUUUGGCACAAACUUUGGCAAAACACUCAUUUACAUGUACUGAAUGGCAGUAAAAAGUCACAUGUCUAACUUUAAUGCAGAACAAUAGCUGAUUGGCUGGUUUUCUUAUUUACCUAAUUACUAUGAAUGAAUUAUAAUGCAUUUAGAAAAGAGGAAAAUAAAACUUCGCCGAGGGAUAGGCAGAUAGGCCAAAUUAGAGAAGUGUAGUAUUGUGGUGUGAAAUUACAGAACUUGUGAAACCAAGUGCAAACCAAGCCACCUUACCACUUCCUUAGAGUCUAUCACUUAAAAACAAAUAGUUAUGCUUUAUCAUGUACAGACAUCGCAGUUCACUGUGAGAAUGUAAUCCGAGAUGAGAAAGCAAACACUUAAAACUGCAAGAGUUUUAGUAAAGAUAAACACCACCCACAAAGCUGAAAUUCCAGCCAAAUGUGGUAAAAUGAAACCAUGUUUGUGAUAGACUCUUCAGGAAUGGGAAAAAAAACAACAUUUUUUCACAAUGUCAUGGGAAUCUUAUACUGUACAUGAUGGAAUGAAGCGUAGGUUUUCUGUCUCUAACACAAUGUGACCAAACAAGUCGAUAACGGUUGUUCUGAAUGUUCAGCAAAUUCCUGGUUAUAGACCUUUACCGUACCUGGUGGAACUCUGCCUGGGGAAUUCUUUUGGGAUUGAAAAAAAUUUUGCACUAUGUAAAUACUGCACAUUCUUUUUUUACAUAUGAUGCUUUUAAAUAUUCAGUUAACUUCUUUCAGAGUGACUAUUGGAUUCAGAGCUGUUUAUUUUAUUAUUUAAUUUUUUUUCAUGUCGCUUGGGUUUAGUCUUCCCAAACACUAAGUCAAAAAAGGCUUGUUAUGAUCUGUUCAGUGUCACGACGUCUCUGGGCAAGAACAAGGGACAUAUUUGGACUGACAGAAUAAUCAAGAUGGGCUCUGUAGAGGACAAAGCACACACUAAGUAAAGCACACACAUAAGGAACCAGACGACAGGCAGGACAGGUUAUGAUCACUGAAUAUUCAUCAGCAACACAAGAGAAUGCAAGUUAAGGGGCGAAGGGACAGUAUACUGUACACAAGCUGACAAGGAAGCAAACAGGACAGAGAUGCUAGUUUGUUCUCACAGAAAUGUACGGGAGGGAGUGCUGCUGCAUUAGAGCUCCAGGGUCAGCAGUUUGCUCCCUUGAUCAGGCUAAUUUUUUCCAGCUGGAUACAAACAGAUUACGCCAUAAGAAUAGUUCGUAGGAUCAUUUAUAUAGGAAAAUGCUGUAGGAGCAAAGAACAUUAUGUAGUACACAUGCUCCUGCGUUAGUGAAAAGAGUAAAUACUAAGUAAAACUCUUAAAUCAUUAUUUUAGUUAAAUGGAUAGACUUUCUGUAUAAUUAUUUAUUAUAGUGGUAUAGUGGUUAGCACUGUCCCCUUGCACCUGAGGGUCUGUGUGUAUGGAGUUUGCAUGUUCUCUCAGUGUUUUGUGGGUUGCAGGAAAGGCACAGAUGGUGUGUAAAUGUGUAUUGUCUUUUGUCUACUGAUGUGCAACACUUUAUAGAACCCAGUUCCAAGGGAUUGAUAAGUGAACGAUCUGUAACUGUGCUGUUUAUGCCAAUUGGGCUGCGUGCCAAAAUCACAUGACACAGACCUUUCGCAGAAUUGAAUCAGGAAGGGGAAGGGUGGUAGACAUGUGAGGGAAGUGUGGCUGCCUGUCACCAAGAACAAACAUAAACUGCCCGAUAUGCUCGGUCACAGUAUUGUGCAAAUCUCUUUGAGCCACCACUCAUUUCUUCAUAUCACAUUAAAUUUACCUAUAGUUUAAAUUACAGAAAUGGGAACAAAUGUUUUACUGCAACAAGCUACAUAGAAUUGAAAAAAUGUGUGUUUUUUUUUAUUUUUAUUUAACAACCUCAGCAGCAGCCUCAUUUCCCCUCUCUUCUGUUCAAACCACUCAGCCUUCAGUAUCAUCAGUAUAAUAAUCACCGGCCUGAUCAUCUGUCACCAUUUGCACCUGUUUCUCAAUUUUUUAAUGCCUUAGAUGCUAGUGGAUGCUUUUUAUGAUUAAAUGAUUAAGAGGUCAACAAACAAAAUCAUUUUGGAAAAACAGAUGUCAGUUUUUUCUUAAUGUCAAACCAUUACACAGAACUUUAUACUCAAGAUUUUGCCUUCAGAAUGUUUAAAAUUGUUUAAUUUUGGUCUGUGGGUUUUACCUUUUAUGGAGUUCAAUAGGCUUCAUCACAAAAAUGCAAGGAAAUUAGUGAUUCCAAACAUUAUUGACUAUAAUAUUGAUCUCUGAGUUUGCAUAUUCUCUCUGUGUUUGAUGGGUUUUGUCCCACAGUCAAAAAAUAGGGCAUCAAGCUAGUAACCUAAAAAACCAAUAACCUAGAAACUGAUGUGCCAGAUGGUGGGGAACAGAGCAAAAUGCCAAAAUUUGGCUUGUGCAAACUCAAUUCAAAGAUUUACAAACGUAGCCUACGGUCUGUUGGAGUUUUGCAUGUCUUUUCAAAGUUUCUCUGGGUUCGUGAGUUUUCCGCACACCACCUAAAAACAUGCCAGGACAUGCCUGAUCCUCAUGAUUUCAACUGUGGAAUCAAGGGAGAAAAAAAUGGAAAUGAGUAUGCAGGAAGGUUCCUAGGGUUAAUAUGAUCCUCGCAGCACAGACACAAUUCUGGUCUGGCAGGAAGCUUUGCGUCCCAAACAUACAGUACACAGCUUUGCGUCCACAAAAUUUUUUUUUUUUUAUCGUAAUGUGAAUGUUUCCUUCCACUCUUUAGUGAAAAGGAAGCUCUUCAGAUAUAUUUCAAAUACAGGACCACUCUGAGAUCUGAUCUGAGUCAGAUCAGGUUGCAGGAUUGUCUGGUGAGUUUUCUCCAUGUACGUGUUAAUGAUGUGAAUCUGAAUGAACGUUAUGGAGAUUUCUGCUUCAUGAAUUAGUGUUUGAGUUAGCUGGUUUGAGUUGUACUCUUAUUCAUUUGUAAUCAUUUGAGCUUUGUGACACAGUUAUCGGAUUGUUGAAUUGGUAUUGAUGGAGCAUUUUUAGACAGAUAUUAUGGACAUAAUGUUUAUAAUUACAUUUGUGCAAAUAGUUCUCUCUCUCUCUGUCUCUCUCUAUCUCUCCUCACCACAAUGGUUUUCUAACAUUAACUGUGGGUUAACCAUGUUUUUUAAAUAGUAACCAUGAUUCUAAAGUUUCCGCUGAAUAUACAACAAGCAUGGUCAAAGUUCUUGCAUACUAAUAAAUACUGGCAAUUCCCCCCACCCCACCCACAACCCCAAAGGGGUCAUGUGGUCCAAAAAUGAUUGAUGGCAGAGUCUGUGCACACAGAUUGACAAACACAAAGCAGAUUAAUUGCACUGAUUACUAAACCGAACACACAGAUUACUAAACUGAGUAGAGGGAUUACCAAACCGAGCGCACAGAUUACUGAACCGAGCGCACAGAUCAUCGAACUGAGCACACACCAUGACAAUCCGAAUUUAGGUUACAAUUUAGGAUUGUAACUAAUAAUAGACGAUUUUUACCACCUUGGGGGGCAUUUUUCCAGCAUAUAUGUUACAAUAAGCCCUAACUAGACUGAUAGCAUGACUUUUACAGCUUACUGGUAUUCUUUUUAAUAAGACAUUUAUUUGAGAUAGGAUUUAUUGUCAAUUUCACCAGAGUACAACUGAAUGUGUAUAUCAUGAAAUCUAGUGAAGUCAUAAAAUGUGAUGAGAAAGGAACUUUAUUGGGCUUUUGUUUACUCAUCUGAAAUGUACAUGGGGCAUUCAAGUCAAAUCAGGACUUUGGAUUGUGCACAAUAACAGAACACAGUUAUGAGAGUAAAAAACUCACUUUAUUGCUCUAUAUAAUUCCCUGCUACACUAAUGCACUUCAUACUUCACAAGUGCUUGGAUACCCUCAAGCUGGACUGCCUGCUUCACCUCUGAAACGCUGGCCUCCAAGGAAAUCCUUUAAUGCCCCAAACAUGUGGAAAUAGCUAGGGCUAUACAGUAUAUGGGCAACUCCCAGCCACGACUUCAGUGGGCUUCAAGCCACCUUGGCCGGGAUCGUCAUUCUUUAAGAUGUUUGAAUCAUUCAAAUGUUUUACUGCAGCUGAGAGUCUAAUCACCGUACUGGGAAUUUCAAUUGGUUUUACACCUUCAUUUAAAAGAAAUUUCAUCAGUCCCGGUUUGACUUGAACGCCCCUCGUACUUAUGACAUUUUAUUUUUUUGAGAACUGAAAAUAUGAUUUCACGUAUCUACAUACUGUAUGUUUAUCUUCUUGCUGUGAGAUAUAUUGUAUUGUUUAAUUAAAUUAUGUGCAAAUCUUUUAUGCAUGUUUUAUGUAUGUACUGCAAAGACAGCACAAAAUAAAGAACGCACAAAAUAA